ACCGCGCACACACAUAAUAUUAAGCACCUAAAGCCCCCCUCGCACUCGGCCCGCACCAACUCCGUCGCAGCCGCCAUGGCCUCCACCCUCGGAGCUCGCUCCCUCAACCUCCCAACCUCAUCCAAAACCACACAGACCGCCACAUCCUCUCUGAUCCCACUGAGCCAAAGCCCCUCCUGUACCAGAGGUAAUCCCCCCAAAUUGGCUUCAACGCCCGCUCGACGCCAACUCUCUCUUCCAACCACACGCAUCAGUGCUACCCUCUUCUCUGCACCGAAGCCUCCUAGUGAUUCUGGGCCAAAUAAGGUACAGGAGCUGUGCGUGUAUGAGAUCAACGAGCGCGACCGCGGGAGCCCCGCCUACCUCCGCCUGAGCCAGAAGGAAGUCAACUCCCUCGGCGAUCUCGUCCCCUUCAGCAACAAGUUGUACUCGGGGAAUCUGGAAAAGCGGGUGGGCAUCACGGCGGGGAUCUGCGUGCUGAUCCAGCACGUUCCGGAGAGGGGCGGCGACCGCUACGAAGCCAUCUACAGCUUCUACUUCGGCGACUACGGCCACGUCUCGGUGCAGGGGGCGUACCUGACCUACGAGGACUCUUACCUGGCCGUGACCGGCGGCUCCGGCAUCUUCGAGGGCGUCUACGGCCAGGUCAAGCUGCAGCAGAUCGUCUUCCCCUUCAAGAUCUUCUACACCUUCUACCUCAAGGGGAUCCCCAACCUGCCAAAGGAGCUGCUCGGCACGCCGGUGCCACCUUCUCCCACCGUCGAACCCACCCCCGCCGCCAAGGCCGCCGAGCCCCACGCCGCCGUCAAGAACUACACCAACUGACGACGGUCGGUGAGCGCGCAGGCCGCAGACGAAAUAAUGACCUCAUCGCGACGCGAGUCGAGUGGAGGUGACUGUGGACGGAGGAGAUAUCCCCUUUGGAAGUGUAUUGUAAUUGCUGUGCUUCAUUGGUCUUAGUUAUGCUCUAUAUAAUGUAGCUCAUAACAAAAACAAUAAUGCUAAAUCCGCGUAUUGAAUAUGAAUA